AUGUCCCACGUCGACGAGAAGACGCCGCUUGCGUACCAGCCUGCGUUCGUGCCGCCGCAGCCCAUCCCGUUUCCACCGCACUACACUGGAUACGUCACUGGACCGGCGCAAGGACCGUAUGGCAUACCUGUGGUUGCCAGCACGAUGUGGAAGGCCGGUUUGUUCGAGUGCUUCGAGUCGAUUCCCAACACGUUGAUGGCGCUGUUCUGCCCGUGCGUCGCGGUGGCGCAAAUUGCGUCCCGCCUUGGAGCCUUCGGAGGGUACUGUGGUGUGCUGACAGUGCUCUUUGUGAUCUACUGCACCCAUCACACGUUUGCUGGGUUGACACAAUCCGAAAUCGACGAUUACGAGCUCGAUGAAGGUCACUGGAACCCUGAAAGCAUCAACCGCGUCGUGACGUAUGGCGUCUUGAGCGCGUUGACCGCGCUUUUGCCGGCGCUCUUUCUCGCAUUGCUGCGCACGCGUGUCCGCCGCUUCCAUCACAUUCAAGGCAGCGAAUGCGAAGAUUUCUUGUGUGCAUACUUCUGCAACUGCUGCACGAUUGCCCAAAUGGCGACCGAAGUCGAAGCGUACAUUCCUGGCCACUGCUCGUUUGGUCCCCGCAGCACCCUUCCUGCCUACCAAGUCGCGUUCACCAACACCGCGACCACGACCACUCUGGUCUAGACGAAUGCAUUCGAGAUGGCGAAAGUUAACAUUUCAAGAACGAAGUCCUCCAUCUUCAUACGUUUUGGGUCGUCGACUCGGGCUUUUUGAUCGCCCUGUCAUGUGAUUCUAGCUGAAGUAACAUGCACCCCACAGAUCUUCUCGUCGAAAUCUCUUCCUUGCACGCUC